GCCAGAGAUUUGGUCGAGAUGGGGGACAAGGACCAAGAUUACCGUAUAUUCGUCGGAGGUUUAUCGUGGGAUGUUACUGAGCGGCAGCUCGAAAGUGCUUUUAGUCGUUUUGGAAAAAUUAUGAGCUGCCAGGUUGUGCUUGAAAGAGAUACGGGCCGUCCUCGGGGAUUUGGCUUCUUGACCUUUGCGGACCGCAGGGCAAUGGAGGAUGCAAUUCGGGAUAUGCAUGGUCGAGAACUUGGAGACCGAGUAAUCUCUGUUAACAAGGCCCAGCCAAAGGGAGGUGAAGAUCAAGGGCCUCGCUAUGGAAGUUAUUCUGCAGGUGGAAGGGGGGGUUAUGGUGGAAGAGAUAGACCUACAGCAGGACAGGAUGACUGCUUCAAAUGUGGCCGACCUGGACAUUGGGCUCGAGAUUGUCCAUCAGCUGGAGGUGGUGGUGGUGGUCGAGGAGGUGGUCGCCCAUUCUCUCCUCCACGUUCUAGAUAUCCUGGGGCUGCCACCCGUGGAGAUCGUUAUGCAGAUAUUCGCGAUAGGUACGUGGAUGAUAAAUAUGACAGAGGUCGUUAUGAUGAUAGAGAUCGUUAUGAAAUCAAAGAUGAUCGGUACGGGAGCCGUGAUCGAUAUGCUACCGACAGGUACCCCCCACCUGUCGACCGAUUCCCAGUCGACCGGUUCCCCCCUACCGCUGAUCGUUACCCAGUGAAUGGGUACGGGAAAGACCGAGCUUAUGAUAGAGAGGCCGGACCAAGAGGUAGUGGUGACAGAUACGGAGGUGGAGUGGCGCCUGCACGAUAUGAUGGAAGAAGCAACUACCGCGAGAGGCCGGGUCCAUAUGACCGGCCUCGUAAGGGAGGGCGCCCGCCUUCCUUAGACCGGUACUGAAUCACUGUAUCUCCUGCCUAACAAGACUUGUAUCUGUAAGGCAUAGCACACAGUGUAUGAACUGGUAUUUCAGCUUUGCUUUAUUAUGUAGCGUUGUGCUCGUAGCAUGUGUUCGAAUUGGUGGAUGGUUUAUGUUGAGUUGGUUUUUAUUUA